AUGAAUGAUGAAAAUACAGUCAAUAUGGAGAAGAAAAGCGGAGAUAAAGAUGAAUAUGAGAGGGUUAGACCUUGUAAACGUGAAAGAGAAGAUAAUAUAAGUGCCGAAGAGGGAGAUGAUGUGAUACCUGAAGAGUGGAAGACGGUUAAUAGAAGAAAAGACAAAAAGCUGAAAAAUGAGAUAAUGGAAGUUUAUAUAUCAUGUAAUGAAAAGUUACCUAAGCAGUUUGAGUUGGCACGCACAUUUAAAUCACUUAAUAUCACGGAUAUUAAUAAAAUAAAAUAUAUAUCGCCAUAUAAAAUUAAAAUAGAAUGCGAAAAUGAAAAAUGUUUAUUGUCUUUAGUAUCUUGUCAGGAAUUACUGGAAAAGGGAUGGAAAUUUCAAAAAGCUUUUGAGGUUAACUUUUCUUAUGGUGUUAUUAAGAAUGUAGACAUCGAUUUAUCUGACGAUGAAAUUUUUAAUAAUAUUGUAUGUACAGAACCGGCAAUUCUAUCAGCUGUUCAAAGAUUGUCUCGCCUUGGUGAAGAUGGAAAAUGGAUACCUAGCGAAACAGUGCGACUCUGUUUUAAAUAUUCGUAUUUACCACCUUUUGUUACGGUUCACGGCUUACGGAUUAAAGUGGAGCCGUUUGUGUUUCCAGUCUCGCAGUGUUCUAAGUGUUGGAGACUUGGACAUACUGCCAAAAGAUGCCCUAUAGACAAAGUAGUUUGCCCUAAAUGUGGUGGUAAUCACGAUAAUUGUACCAUUACGUCUUUUAAGUGUGUAAAUUGUGGAGAAAACCAUAUGUCCUUUAAUAAGUCUUGCCCGGUAUUUAAAAAAGAGAAAAAGAUUCGCCAAAUUAUGUCCGAGUUCAACGUAACAUACAGAAAAGCUCGUACAAUGUAUGUGGCAGACCCCUCACCGAAUACUAAUGCAAAUUACAAACCUAAGAUAGCUAGUAAUACUUUUAACGAAUGGAGUGAUUCCGUUAAACCAAGCUUUUUUGAACCACAAUCUGGAACCUUGAGUUUUGGAUCAACUAAAGAAUCAGUUGAUGCUCCAUCCUACUCUAGCGUGGUAAAAAUAAAAAAGGUGGCAAAACAGAAUUCGAAUAGAUUACCGGGGCGUAUACCUUUAAAGUCCCGUAAUACAAAAUUAUCAGGUGAAACAGAGGUGAAAGAUUAUUUAUCGGAUACAAGUAUUGAUAACGAGUCCAAAAUUGAAGGGAAAGAUGGGGAAGGGACUAGCUUACCAAAGGACAUCACAUUUAUGGAACUUCUAUCAAGAUUAAAAGAAAUUAUAUUUUUGAAACAGGAUUCUUUACAAACAAAAGUGUUUAACGUUAUAAAGUGUUGUGUGGAAUGGGUAAUAUUAGUUGUAGUCGAAAAAUAUUGCUGA